AUGAAUGAAGACACAUUUAAUAGCUUACACAAUGAUUAUGAUGUACUCUACUUGCUUCAAGUAAGAUCUAAGAACCAGCAUCGUCAAAAACACUGGUUCAAAUUCAUGAACAUUACAUGUCGUCAUCUUCGAAAGAUUAUCAAGUUACAAAUAGACAUUAUGCGUGUUACUUCUGCUUCUAACGGCAGCACCAUCCUGCCAAAGAUACUGUCCAAACUAGAGUAUAAGAGGAAACAGAUUGUUGAUUUAGCACAGCAUAUUCUAAAGAUCUCACGACAAGCAUAUUAUGCAUACAAUUCCAUCUUAGUGUUAGGUCAAUUUAUCACUCUAGGGUUUGCGUUACUUGGUAAUUUGGCGAGCAUUGUACAAUUAUUGAGUAAAAUACCCGGUGUAAAAGUAUUAAGGAAAUGGGACGUGAAUGUGGUUGCUCUAGGGAAGAAUGAUGUUGCGCGAGAUAUUGAACAGAGAAAAGCCAAUACAGUUGGAAAUUAUGAAGAAGGUGACGACUUGGGUGAAGAAAUAAAUUUUCAUGAGGAGUUUGGCGAUACAGUUUAUGAUGCAAAUUUUAGUCUACCAACAUCGAAUUCAAAAGUUGUGGAAAGUGUAUCUGCAACAACUUCAUAUGGAGACGAGAAUAGUAGGGAAAAGCUAAGACAAAAUGCCGAAACCAGGACUAAAUUAGAGAAUUGUCUGGAAAAUACCAUAGGUAAAAAUAUGGACAAGAUCACAAACAAACACUCCAAGACCGAGUCUAAUGCAAAUAAAUUCUCUGCAAAGAGUGGCAUAAUGCAAAUCAGUGAUGAGCCAAUUGACAAUAAAGCUCAAGCACAUCCAACAUCAACCCAAAAAAAAUCUGAUACUGUAAAGAAGAAACGUAAAGCAUCGGUCCAUAACAUGUCCAUAAACGAUAUCUUUGGUUCCUCUUCGAAAAAACUGAAAAAAUCAAAAUCCAAAACAGAGAAAAGUGUCAAACUGAAAAAAGCAUUGACUUGA